AUGUUCGACAAUGAAACCACCAGCAAGGAGAUGGUUGUCGACCUGCAGGAGACGGCUGCAUCACCGCCCAGCAACUGCAAUAACGGAAGGCUAUCCUUGCCUGCCCAGCUCUCCGAUAGCCAGCCAACGGUUCAGUUCUACGAUAUCGACUCAAUGUGGCAUCUGAAGGAACGUCUGCAGAAGUUUAGUCGAGACCCACAGGCUGUAGACAGCAGGAAACCCUACGCACGCCAUUUGCACCUUGGACCAAGGACCAGCAAAGCCUCAGCUCAAAAAAAGAAAUCUACUCAACGACAUGAAGCCCUCUUCAAGAACACCCCUCCACCCAGUGCCACACUCGGUCUGCCUGUUAUCGUGUCGACCGCAGUUUCCCUGAAGCAGAGAGAGCGCGAUCUCGCAUGGGCUUCGAGUAUCGUUCAGAGAUAUCCAUACCGUACAAAAGAGAUGCGCCUCAAGAUUGCUCAGGAAAGGCUUGCAGCAAGGGUGUAUCCUCGGGGUUUUGAUAGCAGUGUUGAAUGUGCCACCGACCAGUCUAUUAGAAAAGGACUCGACAACACCAACGCCAGUCUUAUGAAGCUGCUCGACUACAUCGUGACUACCUCACCCACCAAUUGCAAAGCAAACACCACCACCAACACUGGGACAUUACACCUUCACAACCCCGCCACCAACUAUCAACAGCUUCCAGACCCCGUAUCCAUGCUCUACCUGCCUGCUGCCCCCUCACCACCAACGACUGAAGGCUUUGCAACACCAGCUGCAACAAGAACAAUUGUUCUUUGUAGCAGGCUUAGCCUGAUGUUUGCAGAAGCCGAGGUUCCACCACCACCAGCCAUCUCCUUUGCAAAGAACCUGCCCUCCCUCAAUCAGAUGUGGGAUGACCACUCCGAACACUGGAAUCACCAGUCGGUUCUCGUAAUCAAAGGAAUCCCAAUCCCGAUAUGUUACUGGAAGGAUGUCUACACAUCGAAAGGGUCACCCAAGGGACAUCCAUGGAAGCAGAAUCAGUGGAAGGGGCUCAAACAUCGGUGGUUUGAAUGGAAGGUGCUCAUCAAGGAGUGGCGUCGAGGCAGCCCAGAUGAAUUCUGGGUGCAGUUCACAGUUGAUGGGAAGCCCCUCAGAUAUAAGGCCAUUCUGGACAAAUUGGCAGAGCAGCAAGGCAUGGAGAAUGACAAGCUAUGUGAGAGUGCAAAGCUGGAAUAUGGUGAGCAGUUCUCCUCUGUUUUCUCCUAUACUAAAAAUGGCAGAAAGUUUGUGAAGACCAAGGCUUCUGACAUUGCCAAGCAGUACUGCGAGCUUCAGGGAAUCCAGGAGGAUGACAACGACGAUGAGUAA